AUGCUCAUUGCUGGACAUGUUUGUAUACCGGCGCUUUUAUCUGUUAUCCGAUCUUCAAACUUUUUCCCAUUUGACUGUAUCACUGCAUCACCGGCCCUUUCCAUAUACUCUACACUCGCCUUCGCAUCGUCAAAUACUUUCAAGGCGUCUACACUUGACGCUAAUGGUACCGAUGAGGAUGCGUUGGGCAUAUCUCCGGACGAAGAUAACCUCCGAUGUCCAACCGACAAGAUACAAAAAGAAGAGAUUGAAGGCGCGAAUCAGCUCUCGGAUGAUGAUAUUGAAAAACUUUAA